UUCAUAAGGCAUCGGUUUUAGCAAUCAGUAUGUUUGAUGGAAGCUUGAAAAUGUCUUUCCAUGCAUUAUUUUGCCCAUCACAUCUUGCCAGUAAUCUAAACAAGCAUACAACUCAGUACAAAACCAGGUCCAGUCCAGCUCGGGCUGUGCAACCUUCUGCAGUUCUCUUGCGCACUGAUAAGAGCAGUAACUCAUCAGAAUCUAAGAGGAGUUCUGGUUCAGGUUUGGCUCCAACAAACAGUCAGAUAACCAGUCCCCUGCUUAGCCAAGCCAGUACAGUCGGUAUCAUUGGAGGUGUAUCAGCCGUUUCUACUCUGAAUUUCUUGGAAAAACUCGUCGCAUGGAGUUCAAAAGAUGGAGAAGUGAACCUCCCUUUUAUUGUCUGCAAUGAUCCAAUUCUGAGCAAGGAGCUUUUGUCUUGUGAGAGGAGUUCUUUUCCAUAUCUAAAUGUAAGACAUGCUCGUUCCCAAUUGGAUCACACUCCAAUUGUAGAUAAUUUACGACAUAAAAGAGUAUUUCUUGAGCAGUCAGGAGCUCGCUGCAUUGUUAUGCCUUGUCAUAUCUCACAUGGAUGGCACAGUGAGAUAUCUAAAGACUGUUCAGUACCUUUCCUUCAUGUAGGUGAUUGUGUUGCUCAAGAGCUCAAAGAAGCAAAGAUGAAGCCAAUCGAAGCUGGGAGUAAUCUGCAGAUCGGUGUUCUUGCUACAGAUGCAACUUUGACAGCUGGUUUUUAUCAGGACAAACUCCAGAGUCAGGGAUUUGAGGUUGUGCUGCCGGACAAAGAUACUAUGGAGCACAUUGUAAUUCCUGCCAUUGAAGCUUUGAGUAGGAAGGACUUGGAAGGAGCGAGAAAUCUCUUGAGAAUUGCACUCCAAGUUCUUCUGGUGAGGUCUGUGAAUGUGAUCGUUCUUGCUUCUGAUGACAUGCGAGGUCUUUUGCCCAAGGAUGAUCCUCUUCUCAGAAAAUGUGUAGACCCUAUUGAUGCUUUAGCUAGAUCAACUAUAAAGUGGGCUCAAUCUACAGAGAAGCUGCAUGAGACCUGUUAAUUAGAAUUGGCCAGUGUUUUUGUGUAACCAUCCCCAAUAAUUACCAGGGGAUCUUCUUAUUAUUUGUAAAAUAUCGAUUUGUCAUUGCAACCUGCUUCUUAUUGUUUCAUAUGAUAUUGUAAACAUUGCAGUUCCAUUAUUUCUCCUCUCCAUUGUAUCAAUAAACCGUCUGUUUUGCAAGUCCUGAGA